CUGAAGUAUGACCCGUCGUGUGGCAGUGAUCGGGGGAGGUAGUUCAGGUCUGGCCUGUAUCAAAUGCUGCCUGGAUGAGGGGCUGGAGCCUGUCUGCUUCGAAAGCAGCGAUGACAUUGGUGGUCUGUGGAGGUUUAAGGAGAAUCCUGAGCCAGACCGGGCCAGCAUCUACCACUCUGUCAUCAUCAACACCUCCAAGGAGAUGAUGUGUUUCAGCGAUUUUCCCAUCCCUGCACAUUUCCCCAACUUCAUGCACAACUCCCUCAUCAUGGACUACUUUCGGAUGUAUGCUGAUCACUUCCAGCUCACCAAGCACAUACGCUUAAAUACCAAAGUCUUGCGGGUGAAGCAGAGAUCAGAUUUUUCUCGUUCAGGCCAGUGGGAUGUUGAGACAGAGAACAAGGAUGGCAAAAAGGAGAAACACAUAUUUGAUGCUGUGAUGAUCUGUAUUGGUCAUCACUGCAAUCCCAACAUGCCUGUCCAUGACUUCCCAGGCAUUGAUACUUUCCAGGGAAAAUACUUCCACAGUCGAGACUACAAGACUCCUGAAGAGUGGAGGGAAAAAAAGGCCGUAGUGAUUGGAAUAGGAAACUCUGGAGGAGACAUAGCAGUGGAGCUGAGCAGAGUCACCAAGCAGCUCUACCUGAGCACUCGAAGGGGAGCCUGGAUCCUGAACAGAGUUGGCGACAAUGGCUUGCCCCUUGAUAUGCUUUUCAACAGGGCGGUGAAUUCAAUACGGACAAUCCUUCCCUUUGGUUUUUUCUGUUGUCUUGGAGAGGCAACACUCAACCGAAGAUUUGACCAUAGUCUGUACAAUCUAAAGCCAAAGCACAGAUUGUUCAGCCAGCAUCCCACAGUGAACGAUGACCUGCCCAACCGCAUCCUAUCUGGAACAGUUCAGGUGAAACCCAACAUCCGCAGAUUUCAAGGGUCCAGUGUGGAGUUUGAGGAUGGAAGUGUAGUGGAAGAUGUUGACCUGGUGGUCUUUGCCACAGGUUACAAGUUUUCCUUUCCAUUCCUGGCCUCACAAGUUGUCUCAGUGACUGAAAACAAAGCAUCUCUGUACAAGUAUGUGUUUCCUCCUGAGAUGGACUGCCCCACUCUGGCUAUCAUUGGUUUAGUACAGCCACUGGGAGCCAUCAUGCCCAUCUCUGAGAUGCAGGCCAGAUGGGCCACACGUGUCUUCAAAGGCUGCACCAAGCUUCCCUCAGCAACCGCGAUGCUUAAGGAAAUCGAGUGCAAGAAGGAGAUGAUGGCUACAAGGUAUGUCACCAGUCAGAGACACACCAUCCAGGUUGAUUAUCUCAACUACAUGGAUGAGAUAGCAGAGGUGGUGGGGGUUCGACCCAGCAUCUCAAGACUGCUGUUGACUGAUCCCAGGCUGGGACUGAAUCUGAUGUUUGGUCCUAGCACCCCGUACCAGUAUCGUCUCAGAGGGCCAAGAAAGUGGGCCGGGGCCCGUCAGGCCAUCCUGACUCAGUGGGAGAGAGUGGCUAAACCCAUGCAGACCAGGCCCUGUGAUGAGCCCAAAGCCAAGAGAUCACUGAAGUGGCCUCUGAUUCUUUCAGCUGCUGCUGUGGGUUUGGCUGCAUAUGUUAACAGGAACAGCCUUCCAACUUUCCUACAAGAUCCCACAGCACUGUUGGACAGGAUAAAGGUGUACCUGCCUGCACAGUGAUGUGCAAUUAAUACUCAAACCCUUUCAGCUGUGAUUAGUCUUCUCUUUUAACACAUUUGUCACACAUGAAUGUAGUUUUAUACAAUACCACUGCCUCUCCUGAAGUGGACAAUAUGCAUAUAUAUGGAACAUGAGUCUAUUUCACUAAAUGAUAGCUUCAAACUGUUUCACUAUAUAAAAAGAUAUUAUUCAACAUAUUACAUUGGGUGAUUGUUUGAAUCUGGAUUUAACCUUUAAAGUAUUUAAUGCCAAUAUGUAUUGGAGCAGAACUUUUGGAAGAAAUGUGUAUAGUGCUUUUGUGUAGGUUGCGAUUUUAACUCAACAUAUUAGAAAAGUGGUGUAAUUUAUAACUAAACAGUUGUAAACACAUGUAACUUGCAAUAUGAAAAUCUGUGAUUCUUGUAUACUUAAUGGCUGAAUGCAUUAUAUGUAGAAUCAUUGUAUUCAUCACUGUCAUAUUUCCUUACAGAAUAUUUUUAUCAACCUCACAACAGUAAUAAUAAUGAUAAUGGAAAACUACAUGUAACUUCUUGAAGAGUGCAACACAUGAUGACUGCUACAAUAAACAGUGAUACAAUACCUGACCAAA